AUGCCCGAGGCCGAUGAGGAGAAGACAGCAUUUGUGACACCGGAUGGAUUGUACUGCUACAGAGUGAUGCCGUUCGGGCUAAGGAACGCCGGGGCUACGUACCAACGGAUGAUCAACUUGGUGUUCGGAGGAUUGCUGGGAAGGUCGAUGGAAACCUACAUUGAUGAUAUGCUCGUCAAGAGCACUGUUCGAGCCGACCAUCUAGACCAUCUCCGAGCAUGUUUUCAAGUCAUGCGUGAGCAUCGGUUAAGGUUAAACCCAAAGAAGUGCACUUUUGCCGUGCAGACUGAGAAGUUUUUGGGCUACAUGAUGACCAGACGUAGAAUAGAGCCGAACCCGGCCAAAAUCCAAGCCAUCCUGGAUAUGAGGCCCCCGACCAGCAUUAGGGAAGUGCAACAACACACCGGCCAGUUGGCCGCGCUCAGCCGAUUCCUCUCCAAGCUAGCAGAUCGAGCUCAUCCCUUCUUCAAGAUCUUGAAAAAGUCCAACGGUUUUACUUGGGAUGAUGACAGCCGAGCAGCCUUCGAAGAUCUCAAAGCUUAUUUGGCGUCCCCGAUCGUCCUGUCAAAGCCCGAGCCAAGGGAAGAUCUGGAGGUAUAUCUUGCUGUUUCAGAUCGGGCCGUCAGUGCGGUCUUGUGCCGAGUUGAUCAUGAAGGAGUACAGCGACCGGUGUACUAUGUCAGCCAUGCUUUGCAGGGACCGGAAUUCCGAUACACUCGGCUGGAGAAGGUGGUGUUCGCGCUAGUCACUGCGGCGAAACGACUGACGCCUUACUUUCAAGGUCGGAAUAUCCGAGUGUUAACAGAUCAGCCAAUUGGGGCCAUCCUCAGGACCUCAACCUCUUCGGGGCGCCUGGUUAAGUGGGCCAUGAUGUUGACGCAGUUCGCCUUGGAGUAUAAACCCCGACCGUCUAUCAAGGCCCAAGCUCUAGCUGAUUUCAUGGUGGAGUGCACCGUGCGAGACAUUGAAGCAGACCAGAAUAGCCUUCAAACCCCUGAAUGGUGGGAAGUUAGUACCGACGGGUCCAGCGGGAAGAAGGGAGCGGGAGCGGGGAUAGUCAUCACGACCCCCGAGGGCUUCAAAGCUUACUAUGCUAUCUUGCUCCGCUUCUCGUCGACCAACAAUGAGGCCGAGUAUGAGGCCCUAAUCGCCGGACUACAGCGGGCAAGACAACUGGGGGCGAAGACCAUCCGAGCUAAAACGGAUUCCGCGCUAGUUGUCGGACAGGUUAACGGCGAGUUCGUCACCAACGGAGAUAAACUAAUGAUCUACAAAGAUCGAGUGCUGGCCGUCCUGCGACAGUUUGAAGCCCACGAGCUCACCCACAUUUCCAGGUCGGACAACGCUGAUGCAGACAUGUUAUCGCGGCUGGUACAUGAGGCUCCCGAGCACAUAUCAAAGAUAGCUCACAUCGAGGAAGCGGUUGCGCCAUGGAUUACCGACCUCAAAGAAUACCUCCAAGACGGGAAAAUGCCCGAAGAAGCGGACCGAGCGCGGAAAGUCGAAAACGCGAACCGGACGAUCCUAGAUGGACUGAAGAAAAAGCUGUUUGAUGCCGGUCGAAGCUGGGCAGAUGAAUUGCCUUACGUAUUGUGGGCGUAUCGGACGACUCCUCGGGAGGCCACCAAGGAAACCCCCUUUGCACUAGUGUACGGGGCUGAAGCUCGGCUGCCGAUCGAAGCCUGGAUCCCGACUUCCCGAGAGCGCGGCUACGAUGAGGCUGACAACGAGCGAAUGAUGAUGGCUGAGCUUGAUGUCUUGGAGGAAAGAAGAGAGGUCGCGGCUCGGAGAAUAGUUGAGUAUCAGAGCAAGAUAAAGUAG